AUGGGAUUCUGUUCCCGAAAAUGCAUCCAUGACCUGCAGUGUAAUGGAUUCGAACUCUGUGCCCUCAGCGGUGGAUCUGAGACCUGCCGCUUGACUAACGGGGCUUCGAAUGGGACGUUUGAUUCACUGACUGGUGAACUCUGUAAAUACUAUCACAUGGAUGAUGACUGUGGAAGUGGCAUGCAGCUGAAUAGAAUUAGCGGUGCUUGUGAAAGUAUACCUGGGCAGGUAGCAGGAACAUAUCUAGGUUGUUCAGACUGUGAUUGCAUAGCCUCGUUAUCAGGUGCCAGCGGGGUCUACACAGUGACCAUUAAUGGCGGACCAAUUGACGUUCAGUGCGUCAUGAAGAAUGGCUAUGCCUACACAGUAAUCAUGGACAGAAAUGACGGUAGUGUGGACUUCUAUAGAACUUAUGCUGAAUUUGAGACUGGAUUCGGUAGUCCGUUCACGGAAACCUGGAUAGGAAACCUAUAUAUCCAUCUGUUGACGGCCGGGGGUAACACAGUGCUGAGGUUUGAAUUCGAGGAUUACUCUUCAAACACUCGGUUUGCUGAGUACAGUAGCUUUAAUGUCGGAUCGACCUCAACUAAUUAUCUCAUGACGGUUUCCGGUUAUACUGGAGAUGCAGGUGACAGUAUGGCUUUUCACAAUAAUGCACCCUUUUCUGCAAAAGAUGUCGACCAUGAUACGAAUUCCGGAAAUUGCGCAGUGGACUAUAAAACAGCCUGGUGGAAUCUGAGUUGUCUACGAACCAAAUUGACAGCGACAUACGCCUCAUCCGGAAGUAAUGUGAUGGGCUGGUAUGGCUGGGAUAUGUACAAACCUUUGAAGGUCGUGAAAAUGCUUCUUCGCAAACCUUAAAACACAUUCCUAAGAAUAGAGAC